CCGGUGGGAGCUACGCCCCGGGACCUGUAGCUGGGGCGGACUCUUCCGGCGGCGGCGAGGAUGGCGACGGAGAACCACUGCGAUUUCCCGGUUCCCUCGAUCGGCGGCGGCGGCCUGGGAGGGCCGGCCGGGCCUUGCCGCAGGUGCAGCUCAGCGCCGCCACCCGGCGCGGUGCCCGGCAAGUGGGUGCGGCUAAACGUGGGGGGCACCUGCUUCCUGACCACUCGGCAGACGCUCUGCAGGGAUCCCAAGUCCUUCCUCUUCCGCCUGUGCCAGGCCGACCCCGACCUGGACUCGGACAAGGAUGAAACAGGUGCCUAUUUAAUAGACAGAGACCCGACCUACUUUGGGCCAGUGUUGAACUAUCUCAGACAUGGGAAACUGGUUAUUAACAAGGAUCUAGCUGAGGAAGGUGUACUGGAAGAGGCUGAAUUCUACAAUAUCACAUCACUAAUAAAACUGGUAAAGGACAAAAUAAGAGAAAGAGACAGCAAAAUCUCCCAGGUGCCAGUCAAACACGUGUACAGAGUGUUGCAGUGCCAGGAAGAGGAACUCACUCAAAUGGUUUCCACAAUGUCAGAUGGAUGGAAAUUUGAGCAGCUUGUCAGCUUAGGUUCCCAGUACAGCUGUGGCCGGGCCCAGCAGUCAGAGUAUCUGCUGAUAGUGUCACGGGAAGUGAAAGGGGAAGAGAGAUGCUUCCAGAAAUGCUGCAGUGAGCUGGUCAGUAUUGGCUCUUCCUAUAACUAUGGCAAUGAAGACCAGGCUGAAUUUCUGUGUGUUGUCUCAAAGGAAUUGCAUAACACUCCUUACGGCACAACCAGUGAACCCAGUGAAAAAGCAAAGAUUUUGCAAGAACGAGGUUCCAGGAUGUGAAGACAGUAUUGAACGGUGACAAUUUGUUCUCUUAUAUCCAAGACACAGUGAAUUGUCACACCGAAGACACUUGGCUGGAAACAAGAAAAAAAUCUGAUUUGACAAUUUUCUGUUGAUCGGGGUUCAACCAUUUUUGCCUAUAAGCUGGUGUCAGCUGGCUGAAAGCAUAGCAAGAUUACAUACUGGGAAUAGAUGGUGUGGGAGUGUUUGUUAAGUUUUGGUUGUAGUGCAUGGUUCUGCUCUCUUGUGGGCUGACUGGCACUGGUCAUUUGAAAAGAAAUGACCAUGCGGUCCUCUUUUCCUCUGAGACAUGUAGCACUUAAUGUCUGGUGCUGGAUGACCCAAUGUUGAUCAGUUUGGAGACAUUUUCCUACUAAUCAUUGUAAACAUUUAAAGGACAAUGUAACUGGUGCUACACACACACACACACACACACUCAUUACAGCCCACAGAUGCAAAUAUUUGGGCCUACAUUGUUUCAGAAUCAGUGGCAGCCCCAGCUGACUGUGUUAUACUGCACAUUCCUUAUGGCUCCGUGACGUACUCUAUUGUGUAAUGACAGCCUAGGAGAUCAACUGAAAGUAGCAUGUAAAAAGUUACACAACCGGCAAAGGGUUUCUCUCGAGGAGACGUAUAUAUAUUGACUGGAUUUAUAGUGUAUUUUAAUACCCAGAGGGAAGACUAAACUCAGAGAAAAUGGCAACUAAGUUAUUCUUGACAUUCCUUCUGUUAAACCAGUCUCCUGCAAAAGCAAUGGUCCAGGCUUAGCCAGGUGUUUGAAAGGGGAAUCAAAAUUGACAUGAAAUGACCAGGUGAACAUUCUGCUUCUUCUGAGAUGUUUGUACUCACGUGUGUGUGUUCCUGCUUUUAUAGAAAGCCCGUGAGCACCGAACACUGGAUUGCGGUACAGCUGGAGGCUGUACAGAAACAUGGCUGGCGUGUCUUAGGUUACUGUCUCUAUGGCUGGGAUUAAAAUCAACCUUGAGUGAGCACAAGCUCGUCCAGUUGAAAAACUUCAUUACGUCAGACAUUCAGAAUACCUGUAAUCAAUCUGUCUGUACCAUUUCAACUGUGCUGUUAAAUAACACUGGUUGAAAACUUCCAGUGCAGCUUUAUUUGUCCUUGAUGAAGGCUAAUACACAAGGCUGGAGCUUUUUAAUACACUAUGUUUUGAGCAAAAUCUUUAGCACAUCUUUAAAACACUUCAAGAAAUUGACAUUAUAAAUCUGGGCUUCAUUGUCUUACAAAAGCAGCGGAAGAGAGUUUCAAAAAGCUACAAGAUUGUUUUGAAUUCUAAAGAUGUCAGUUUUCAUUCUCAGUAACUUUGGAAUUUAUCCAUGUACUCUGGGUAAGGUUUACUUCUGGUUUGGGAGUUUUUGGUUGGUUGGUUUGUUUUGGUUUUUAAAGGACUUCUUAUACAUUGAUAAAAGUUUGGCAGAAGCAAUUUGUAAAAACCAUUUAUACUAAGCAGGCUAAGUGAUGGGCUAAUUGUUUUCUCCACGUAUCUUACGUUUGAAAGGUUUGUAAUGCAUUUUGCAACUUGGUUGUGGUCUGCGCGGGAAGCUGCUGGCCCCUCCGCAGCAACGUGAUAUGUUUGACUUUUUUAAAGAUGUUAAAACCUAACUGAAUUUAUUAAAAAUGUAAUUGUGUAGGGGGAAAUGUUUAUACUUUUAUACUUUUUUAGACACCCAUAUUUUCCAGUUUAAAUUUAGCAUUCAAAUUGCCCCUAAAUAGUAAGAGAUUGUCCUGUGCAUCGGAAAUAAGCAUAAUAGUUGUCUGUGUUAACUGCAUGUUAAAGCAUUUCCUCUGCUGCAGUCACUGGGUUCUCAAACAUUACAACUCCACCAAAUUCUCUGAGCUCCCUCGCUUGCAGAAUUGCAACCAGCCAUGCUGGUUUUCUGGAUGUGCCCUACCAGGUGAUUCAGCAUGGACCUCUGUAGAUUUUAAUGCCUAAAAUACCUGUUUCACAGCAGUCAUUCUGAACAAGCGUUUUUGUUCUUUUGUAUCUACACCAAAAAGGACAGAAUAUUUUGUCAAGCGAAAUGUUCAAGAAUGACAGCAGCAAAGCAGGAGUAACAAAGUGAGCAAACUGAACAAUCUGGAGUAUGUAAGAGUGGCUUUUCUAAGUAUGUUUCUUUCACUGGAGAAUGUUCGAAGUAAAAGGAUACUAUUUGGUGAGAUACCCGCAAUCCAGUUUACAUUGUGCCCCUGUUGUAGCAAAGUUUGAGGAAAUGAGUGGUUAAUGAUUUUGCACUUUAUUUGCAGUAUCUCACAAAGGGGAAAGGUAACUUUAACAGGGAGGUACCCUGUAAAUUAUUUUAAAGAUGCUGUUGUUUGAGUCCACCUGAGCCAGCUGUGUUCCCAUUCUUGCUAACGCCAUCAGUGCUUUAAUUUUUGUGAACAUGUGAGGCUUUCACUUGGAUGGAAGUACUACCCUAUGCCUUUUCCAAGGCAUUAAGUCUAGAUCCCUAAAUAAGUUUGGGUGGGUUGUUUUUUUUUUUUUUUUACUUUUGUAAUAUCAAAUAAAGUUAGCUACAGUAACAAGGCAAUUGCUUUAGAAUCCAAUCUGUAUCACCAGGUUUUGCAAACAAUCCUUCCAUCCUGCAGGAAGAGGUAGAUGAGGUAAUGUACUGAUGCAGUUUAAAGUCCUUUGUUUGUUUCUUUUCUGUCAUUUGGAGAGUAUUUGAUCAAGAGCACUGCCCGUGACUAUGUAAAGCCUAAUGGUUCAGUAGGUGGCUGUAGCUGAAAAGCUCUGCUGCAGAAGUCUUGGACAUGAACUCUGGAUUUACACAGGUCCUCUCUUCUUAAAUUAAAACAGUAUUCCAAGUUAGAAUUUAAGAUUCUGAGCAUGAAGAAUUCCUGGCAGAAGAAAAUAAAAGUAGGAAGGGUGAAAUACCAAAACAUGACAAUUAAUCAAGGUGAUCUUGCAUGAAAAUGCAAAUUCCAUGAGCAAUUUAACUUUCUGUUACUGUUUUGCUAUAAUAAUAUCCAGUGAAGCUUCCGGAUGCCUGUCAUCCGUGGAAAAAGAGGGCUACUUCAAUGGAUUUUCCCUGACAUUCUUUAAAGACCUUUGCAUGACAAACUUAAUGCAAAACUAGUUUAAAAACUGAGGAGUUGAAAUUUAGAAGUUUCUUGCUUUGAGUUAGGAGACAGCAUGUUGUUGGCUGUAAGUUUUGAGGCUGAUUCUCUGUAUUGCAGAAGGUAUUUUUAUAUUAAAUGCUUUUGGCAUCUUCAGCAAUUCAAUCAGUUUAUCUGCAACGAACAAGGUAUUCUAAGGCCUCUAAAACAUGAGUGUCACCUGGUCCAUAGUAACUGUCCAGAAGUAAUAUCUGAUUCAGCAGCUCCCACAGUAAAUGUGAAAUAGAUAACCUUUUUUUUUUUUUUCCAGUAAAAGACAAAAGGUUACCUGAAAUUUUCUCCAACUUAUUGUGGGGCUUCCAUGGAUUGUGGCUAACUGCAGUUUGUUAUCUCACAGUAAUUCAAUCAUGUGUCAAAGAACUGGUUGUAUUUAAAAGCUUUCAUUGGUUCUUAACUAAACUUUGAGUCCUCAGAAUCCUAUACUCUGGAGUUUGGCAAAUGUACCAUUUUCUCUUCAAAUGCAGCUAGGUUUCUUGUAAUGAUGAAAUUUCUUUCAUCUUUCCUUGUAGCAUUAUUAAAAGAUAUUUCUUGAGAAACUGAUCUUGAUGUAUCCAUCCAGCUUCUGUCAUCAGACUUUCUUUAGACAAUGGCUGUGUAGCUCCAUUUCUAGCAAUGUGAAUGCACGGUUAGGAUUGUUUAGAAACAAGACUGUUUCCUGAAAAUAACAACAUUAAAUCAAUCUUUUUCUCUGAGAGAGGAUGGGUGUUUUUAGGAGAAAAAUAAAAACUUCUAGCAGAUUAAACAAAAGCAAACUUGAUUGCAGGCAUGCUUAGGGGAAGAGGUCUGCUAAGUAAGAUGAUAACGUUUCCAGAAAACUGCUUCUCAGAACAGGAGACUGUAUUCUGUGAACAUCUGCUGAGGUUUGUUGAGAGCUGUCAGUCUCUUUCCAAGAGACACACCAAUUACAGAACACUGGGGUUUAGUAUUACAAGAAUGAACUUUUGAAUAAAAAAUGCAAUAGUAUAUGAUUAAAUGAAAUUACCUAGAAACUGGACUAUGGUAUGCAUGGUCCAAUCACUCAGGUAUACUGGAAUCAAUUCCUUGGGAGAUACGGGGAGAAAAGUCAUGUACUGGGUUUGUUGAGGGUAUCAGUCAAGUAAAGAAGAGUCUGGAGGUGAAGCCUGGGAUUUUGUUCGCUAGAGAUGUGAUAAAACCAGAGAGUGUCCUUCUCCUAAUUUAUUCUCACUGCAUCAAAAGCAUCUUUCAGGUUUUUCAAAUUAACUUCUUCAAUCAGCCCUAAAAGGUGGGGCCCUUGAAAAGAUAAAAGCUUUGUUAUGCCUUUAACAGUUCCUGUUAGCACAGCAGGAUGAAAACCUCCAGUGGUCAUUGGAGAAUGCCUUUUCUACCAACGGUUUUGAAAUAGGUGGUCUGAGAAUGCUGCCCGUUACUUGGUUAUAGUUUAGACUACAGUUCUCUCCAGCUGUAAGGACAAUCUCAGGAUCUUACCUGGGUUUGUGUAUAGAAUUACUGAGUCUUAAAAUAGUUUAGAUAUUGAAAAAUAAAAGUGGAAGGCUUUCUGAACUCAGUGUCACAUAACUUUUCUUUUGGGUUCAUGGCAAUUGGGAGCUGUUUUUAAACGCUUCUUACUGAACUGAAGCUUUAAAGGGCUAAACAGAUCUUACCGUUCGGUUUACCUAAUGAGUGUCAGACAGAAGGAGCUCCUUCCAUUUUCAGUGCAGAAAUGCUAAGGGCUAAAAUCCUUUCCAGGGCUCAUCUGACAUUAUGGAGACAUAACAAUGUUUUAAAAGCAGCUUGUCACAGACUCCACAGUAUUUUUUACAAGCAGCUGAAGCAGUUGCAGGUACGAAUGAGUGUGUGUGGCUUGGACUUUUCAGUGUCUGGUAUGGUAAGGAACACACUACAGAGGACAGUAGGCUUGCCACCACUUCAUCACUGCCUCUGCUGAAAUCCAUCACCUUUUAUGAACAGCACUGGCAAUAGAGAAACUGUGAGGAAAAUGAUACUGCAGGAAACUGUCUCUGGUUAUUUCAUUGCAACUCUGCUGUCCUACCAAGACAUAAACAUCUCACUAGAUACUGCAGCAAACAGCUUUCUGGGCCUGUGGAAGGGUUUUCUUUAGGAUGGUGUGUGUUAAUAACUACUAUGAUGGAGAGAAACUUUUAAGAAAGUUAUUUUGCUACUUUGGUGGUGGGUGGAAAAGAAGGAAGUUUUGUGAUAGUGCUCUCCUUGCUGUGGAAAGCUGAGACAAAAUUUUGACCUGACCAAACAGCUCUUCAGGUUUUGAGGCCUGGGCACCUGAAAUGUAAGAGUUAAUGUAUUUAUGUACACGAAUCUUGCUCCUCUUAAGACUUUCCAAAAGCUCAUGCACAACUUUACCCAAACUUAACUUGGCUCACGUGUACUCGCUAGUGGGAAGUAAGUGCCAAGGCACUGUAAGGGAAGUGUUGCCAACCUGUCUACCUGAAACUGGAACGAGACCACCGAACUGAAGGGAUAUCAAAUGGAAGCUAUUUCUACCUGCUUCUGUCCUGACCCUCGUCUGACUCUGGCUGUGAAAAAUCUGUUUCCUGUGGAUGGACUCUCUAGGCCCACCUACCUAACCCAGUUGAACAGAUAUUCAUUUCCUUUAUUCCCUUUCCAAAUCAGUGGUCUCAAAACUAGUUGUGCAUCAGCUGUUUCUGUUAAUAUCUAAAUGGCCAUACUUGCAACAUACUGUUCCUUGGAUAGUGGUUUAGCAAUAACAUUUUAUUUUGUGCCAGUUCAUUAUCUCUGAAGUGUUCUUACUGCAGCAAAGUUUGAGGUUUGAUCUGCUUUUAAUGCCUUUGCAUUAACCAAAACUCUUAGCACAGACAGAAGAGAACUGAGAUCCAUGGAAUUUCCCUGGAUAAAAUUCUGCUAGGGCUUCCCAAAUCAUUCAAGGAUGGUUACAGUAAACCGUAAUUUUAAAAACAAAACUAUAAUUGUGUGUGGGUAUUUUUUAAACCUCCUUUUCAUAACACUAGCCUAUUGUAAACUGCAUGAAAUAAACCUGUUUUUUUCCCUUUUAAA